AUGUUUCCCCUUUAUCUCGGUGCCGGGGACCCACGGCCGUUGCUCUGGUCUCGAGAUGGGUCGGAUGGCUCCGACGCUGCGGGGAUUCUCACGAUAGUCGGCACAUUGACCGGAUUGUCGACCUUGGUGUUGUUCCUGCGUUGCUAUGUGCGAGGUUUCCUUCUUCGACGCUUCAAUGCAGAGGAGCACAUCAUUAUUGCGGCAUGGUUGUGCGCCAUCGGUGUCCUGAUCUGCUUCGUGCUGGAAGCCCAACAUGGUUUGGGUCGCUAUAGCAAGGAUAUCUCUGACGAGGAUAAUCAAAUGUUGUCGAAACUGGUUUUUUGCCAUUCGAUCAUCGUUAUGGUCGGUCUCAGUUUGGUCAAGAUCUCAUUGGCUGUGUUUCUACGACGCUUUUCUCAAAGCCUCCUGAGCAAAGCGCUGGUUGCGUCGAUGGUCUUUCUCGUUGCAUUUACCAUUGCCUGCGGCUUAACGCUGAUCCUCCAGUGCAUUCCCGUGGCAGCGGCGUGGGAUACAAGCUUGCGGCCUCAUGCUCGCUGCUUCAACAAUGAUACCUUUACCGCCAUUGGUCUUUGGAAUAGCAUCACCAAUCUCGUUACCGAUGUCAUCUUCGCCACCCUGCCCGUGCCCCUUUUCAUUGGCAUCCAGGUCAAUUGGCGAACCAAAGUGUCGCUCAUUGGAGUCUUGAGCCUGGGAUACCUAGCAUGCGUCGCUAGUAUUGUGAAGAUCAUUUCACAAGUCAAGGUGCUUAAAGAGCAAAAUAUGUACCGACACGACACAUUCAUGAUCUGGAACUGUGCCGAACUCAACGUCGCCAUUCUCGCGGCCUGUCUCCCCAGCAUCAAGCCUCUUUUGAAAUCCAUCCUCGAUGGAACCCGCAGUUUGACCAGCGGGCGUCGCAACGCCACCUCCUACCACUACAACACGCACGGCUACUAUGUCCAACACAGCACCGACAUCGCCCUGAAGUCGGUGACCAGGACGCGACCGUCACCCUACGACAUCACUCACGACGCAUCAGUCGUAGCAAGUUCUGACAGCGAUUCAGGAAGCCGGCGGGAAAGUGAUGAGCAAAGGCUACAUCGGACUGAGCCCGGCAUUAUGAAGACAACGGAGGUGGUGAUUCACACUCAUGGCGAUUAA